AUGCCGCCGACCACGGCUCCCAAGUCCCUGCAAACAGUCUUGGCGCAUUGCAUCAAUGGGGACGGAGCCAAGUUGAAUGAUUUCGAAUCAACCAGCAACUCGUCCACAGACUCGGAAAACGACAGCACCGGCGUCCACGGACCGCGGCCGGCAGCCUCGUUGCCGCGCACCAACAACUCGAUGCCCGUGGUAGAACCCACAGCUCCCCGGACAGUUCGACUUCUCAACCUUGCAGACGGUACUGCCAUUCAAGACGUCACCUCCGUUGUGAGAGGCGGGCUUCUCGUCAACAUAUACUUCCGCGCCAGGGAUAACACAAUUUCCUUGUCCUUUCUCCACUCAGCCGAUGCCCACGCCUUCUACCAAUACGUGCAGGACAACGGACUGUAUAUCAAGAACACAAAGGUCGUCACUUUCGCAGGCAACUGGCCGCCAACUUACCAUGCUGACUGA